AUGUCCAACAAAUUGAAAAUCCUUGUCCCGGUUAAAAGGGUUAUUGACUAUGCAAUUAAACCUAGAAUCAACAAAACGAAUACUGGAGUUGAAACCAAGGGAGUCAAGUUCAGUAUAAACCCAUUUUGUGACAUUGCAUUAGAAGAAUCCCUUCGUCUCAGGGAAAAAACUCCUGAAUCAGUUGAAAGCAUACAUGCUGUAUCAAUUGGACCUUCAAAAGCACAAGAUAUUUUGAGAACUGCAUUGGCCAAGGGUGCAGAUACUUCCACAUUGAUUGACGUGGGUGAAGAGCCAGUUGAACCAUUGCAAGUUGCUAAGUUGUUGAAAAAAGUGGUUGAAGAUAAGAAAUCAAACUUGAUAGUCUUGGGAAAGCAAGCCAUUGACGAUGAUUCAAAUCAGACGGGACAAAUGCUUGCCGGAUUAUUGAACUGGCCGCAAGCCACAAAUGCUUCAAAGGUUGAAGUCAAAGGAGACGAAGUCUACGUAACGAGGGAGAUCGAUGGCGGUGCUGAUGUAUUAAAAGCUAAAUUGCCAAUGGUGGUUUCAGUUGACUUGAGGUUAAAUGAGCCAAGGUAUGCUAGUUUACCAAAUAUAAUGAAGGCCAAAAAGAAACCAUUGGAAAAGUUGAAAUUGAAGGACUUGGGCCUUGAUUCAAUUGAAAAUAGGUUAAAGGUAUUGAAAGUUGAAGAGCCACCUGCAAGACAAGCCGGUGUCAAGGUCGAAAACGUUGACCAAUUAAUUGAAAAAUUGAAGGAGUUGAAAGCUUUAUAG